GAAGGUAAGUUUUUAUUUUUGCAUAUUCCCUUCUGCCUACAUGUCAGAAAACUCCAGGACUGAAAGACACUCCAGAAAUCAAAUGGUUUGGCCGGGCACAGUGGCUCACGCCGGUAAUCCCAGCACUUUGGGAGGCCAAGGCGGGUGGAUCACGAGGUCAGGAGAUUGAGGCCAUCCUGGCUAACACGGUGAAACCCCGUCUCCACUAAAAAUACAAAAAAUUAGCCGAGUGUGGUGGCGGGCGCCUGUAGUCCCAGCUACUCAGGAGGCUGAGGCAGGAGAAUGGCGUGAACCCGGCAGGCGGAGCUUGCAGUGAGCCGAGAUCAUGCCACUACACUCCAGCCUGGGCGACAGAGCGAGACUUCGUCUCAGAAACAAAAAAAGAAAACAAAUGGUUCACUUUCUUCAUUUUCAGAUGAGACAACCAAGAACUCAGAAUGCUAUGAGGUUAGCCCAGGGUCAUACCCUAUAGGCUCCACUAAAAUAAAUGUUAAUGCUAAAUUAAUUUUUUAAAAAGUUGUUAAAACAUGACAAGCUCCCUAAUUGCCAGUUUUCUCCACUAAGAAUGUAACUGUAAGGGGAAAAAAAAAUCUCUAUUAUGGAAUACAGUAUUAGCAUUGUUGAAGGCAAUGUCUGGAGAAUUACAGCUCCGUAGAACUAUAGCAAAUCUGAAUUCCUUAAUAAAAAUUCUCAGAAGUCAAGGAAUUUCUAGAAAACAGACAUGAAUUCAAAGCUUUUAGAUUUAAGGAUUCAAAUUCAAAGUUCACAUAUUUGUUGUGCAUUGCUAUAGCUAAUACUGCAGAUUGUUGAUUCUGGAAUGUACCCUCCUUGAUAAAAAGGCAAAUUAGGUGUCUUAAAUAGAGCACCUAAUUAAGGCUUUCUCUCUGCUAUAAUUCACAGAAAUUAAAUAGCAUUGUAAAAGGGAGUACUCUCUAAGGAACAUAGACGGCUUUCAAAACAAUUGUGUUAGAAACAGUCUGGACUCACAUUAGUGGGAUUCUUUGAAUGUUCCAUAGCAGAAAAGAGCCCCAAACAGAAAUUGAGGCUGGCAUGGUGGCUCACGCCUAUAAUUGCAGCACUUUGGGAGGCCAAGGCGGGCAGAUUAUUUGAGGCCACGAGUUCGGGACCAGCCUGGCCAACAUGAUGAAACCGUUUCUACUAAAAAUACAAAAAAUAGCCAGGUGUGAUAGCAGGCGCCUGUAAUCCUAGCUACUCAGGAGGCCAAGGUAGGAGGAUCGCUUGAACCUGAGAGGCAGCGGUUGCAGUGAGCUGAGAUAGUGCCACUGCACUCCUGCCUGAGGGAUAGAGUAAGACUCUGCCUCAGGGGGGGAAAAAAAGGAAAUUGAAAACUCCCAUUAUGAUGCUAUUCUGUCAUUAACCAGGAAUGUAAUCUGAGGCAAAACACUUAAUUUUUCUCGUUUCUUUUUGAUGUUGAUGAGGUGAGCCUAGGCAAUCUCAGAAUUCUUUUUCAACUAUAAAAUUCUAGGAUUCUUUCCUCCGCACAUGUGAAAGGUGUCCCGUACUUCAGGCUCUGGGAAAACUCCAGGUGUGAAGAGUUGCCUUUAUUAACAAGAUGCUGAUAUCCUUUUGUCCUUCUCUGAGGUAAGCCUUGGGCAGAAACCUGGCACUUCUUUGGCUCCUCCUUCCUCCUUCAGCUCCCGCCUUCAUACCCUGAUGUGUAACAAAACCCCAUUGUGUUUUCACUUAAGUUUCAUCACUCUUUCUUCUCCCUGCACACUAUCAAUGCUUUAGGACUCGUCCUUAUUUCUGAACCACAGGAACAAGUAACUGUUUUUCUAAUGUUUCUCUCAGAGUACACUCUACUUCUAGUGAGUUCCAAUUCUGUCUAUUAAGAUUUUCAUACCCAUGGGAGUGAUUGAUACUCCCACACUCCAUAUCAAUGUCAGCAAAUUUGGUUAGCUUUCUUCAAAAUAUGUCUAAAAUAUGUCCACUUAUCUCCACCUAUUAUUGCCUGGGUCCAAGCCAGCAAUAACUUCUGACUGAUCUCCCUUUUGCCCUUAUCUCCAUUGUCUGCUCUCCACACAGCAUCCAAAGCAGUCCUAUGAAAACAUUAACUCAGAUCAUGUCACUCCUCUGCUCAAAGUAACAUUCCUUACAAUGGCCUACAAAGCCCUAAGUGCUGUAGCUAUUUUUACUCUCUAACUGCAUUCCCCAUUCGUCUCCCCCUCUUUUCCAGUACAUAAACCCUCUUACUGUUCCUCCAAUCUGCCAGGAACAUGGCCACUUGCAGCGACUUUGCACUUGCUGUUCUUUCUGCCUGGAAUACUGUUCCUCCAGAUAGCUGCAUGGCCAAUUUCCUCACUCUGUCACUUAACUCCAAUGUCACCUCCUCAUGAGCCUUCUCUGGUCCCCCUAUUACCCUCUCUAAAAUUGCGAGUCCUCUCUUAUUUUCACUUCAUCACUUAUCACUAUCUAACAUAGUAUGUUUUGCUUAUUUUUUGUCAUUUUUUUUCUCUUUCCCAUGACAGUAGGGAUUUUUGUCUGUUUUGCUUAUUGCUAUAUCACAAACGCCUAGCACAGUGGGUAAUGAGUAUUUAUUGGUGAAUGAAUGAAUUGUGGGAGAUCUGCACCAAAGGAACAUAUGGAGACAGACACUAGAUCAAAUGUCUCCUUUGUUUGCUCAUGGUAAAACGUUUGACCAUCUUCUUAAUCUUAUGUGGUAAAAAAUUCCAUGUUUUUUGUUAAUUGUGACAUAUGUCUUAGAUCUCUUGUGAGUUGUUUUAGAUCUCAGGGAAAGCAUUCCUCAUUAUUAAAGCAUUAAUUUGGGUCACUAGAGGAUGAAUCCAAUCUUAUUUUCCAAAUGUUAUCCUGUACAUUUGGCAGUCUUGCUAAGUUAUAUAGAAGUAGAGUCUAUUAUUUUAGAUAGAAAAUUUCCCGUCCCGACUUGUAGUGGUCAAAGUCCUCAAAAUUCUAAGAUCAUAACAUAUAACGUCAGGAGGAAAUAUGUGGCUAUUAAUCAUACUAAUGAUAGUGGUGAUGCAAUAAAAUAAUUGUAAUAUGCUAACACCAAUUGUAUCUUAAAAAGAGGUACUGGAAAUUCCACCUUGCAUUCUUCCGUUUUUUCCUAUUAUAGAAAAACGCACUCCCUGAUACUCAGUAGAGGAUCAACUUAUUUCUAGUUAAUCAGCAUGAACGUUUCUAGCAGAAUAGAUGCUUUUGUGUAAGCACUUGCCUGGAGAUCAUGGUUACCAUUCCGCAUUUUUUAGGGAACUGAAUUCACCAAUCUAGGAAACACUAGGAAGAACACCUUCAAACAAGGAACAACGUCUUGCGGGAAGGGAAUCACUGCCUCCGAUAGAGAUCUCCAGAGGGUGCAAAAACAAAAAAAAAACUGUCGUGGAGAGUGGGCCCCACGACAUGCGCAUGUGAUGAGCUCCCGCACUCAGCGCGGCAGAUUUCGUCCUUCAUCUUCUCGGUCGGCAGGACCUGCUUCUCGCUGAGGAUGAGUGAGGACCGCCGCAGCUCGGCGGGGCCGGCCCGUUAGCCUAGAGCGCCGGCACCCGAGUCCGGCCGCCGGAGCCGCGCCUGGAGCCGCGGUGGGGGAGGGGCGGCGGCGGCCCGCGCUGCGUCGAGCUUCCCAGAAUUCCCAGCGGCCGCGGGGAAAGUUUACGGGAUGUAGGCGGCGGCGGCGGCGGCGGUGGUAGUGGUAGCGGUUACCCGGCGGCCCGCGGCGGACUAUGGCCCUGGCCCGGCGUCGCUGGGCUUUCCUCACGGCGUCCCCGAGCAGCGUCGCAGAGCGGGCCGACUUCCGGGAAGGAACUGACCAGCGACUGAGCGGCGGCCGGCGCGCUUAGCGCCCUGAACAUGCGGCAGUCCCUGCGGGCGACCCCGGGCUCCGGACAGGCGGCGGCGGAGGCGGCGGCGGAGGCGGCGGCUCCGGAGGGAAGGAGGCGGCGGCGCCGGCGGAGGUGGCGGCGGAGACGGCUGGCGCCCGGCGCGGAGCCCUAGGGAGGCAGUUCAGCGCGGCCUCGGGCCUCGUCGAGAAGGAUGCUGUCCCGAAAGAAAACCAAAAACGAAGUGUCCAAGCCGGCCGAGGUGCAGGGGAAGUACGUGAAGAAGGAGACGUCGCCUCUGCUUCGGAAUCUUAUGCCUUCAUUCAUCCGGCAUGGUCCAACAAUUCCAAGACGAACUGAUAUCUGUCUUCCAGAUUCAAGCCCUAAUGCCUUUUCAACUUCUGGAGAUGGAGUAGUUUCAAGAAACCAGAGUUUCCUUAGAACUCCAAUUCAAAGAACACCUCAUGAAAUAAUGAGAAGAGAAAGCAACAGAUUAUCUGCACCUUCUUAUCUUGCCAGAAGUCUAGCAGAUGUCCCUAGAGAGUAUGGUUCUUCUCAGUCAUUUGUAACGGAAGUUAGUUUUGCUGUUGAAAAUGGAGACUCUGGUUCCCGAUAUUAUUAUUCAGACAAUUUUUUUGAUGGUCAGAGAAAGCGGCCACUUGGAGAUCGUGCACGUGAAGACUACAGAUAUUAUGAAUACAACCAUGAUCUCUUCCAAAGAAUGCCACAGAAUCAGGGGAGGCAUGCUUCAGGUAUUGGGAGAGUUGCUGCUACAUCUUUAGGAAAUUUGACUAACCAUGGUUCUGAAGAUUUACCCCUUCCUCCUGGCUGGUCUGUGGACUGGACAAUGAGAGGGAGAAAAUAUUAUAUAGAUCAUAACACAAAUACAACUCACUGGAGCCAUCCUCUUGAGCGAGAAGGACUUCCUCCUGGAUGGGAACGAGUUGAGUCAUCCGAAUUUGGAACCUAUUAUGUAGAUCACACAAAUAAGAAGGCCCAAUACAGGCAUCCCUGUGCUCCUAGUGUACCUCGGUAUGAUCAACCACCUCCUGUCACAUACCAGCCACAGCAAACUGAAAGAAAUCAGUCCUUUCUGGUACCUGCAAAUCCAUAUCAUACUGCAGAAAUUCCUGACUGGCUUCAAGUUUACGCACGAGCCCCUGUGAAAUAUGACCACAUUCUGAAGUGGGAACUCUUCCAGCUGGCUGACCUGGAUACAUACCAGGGAAUGCUGAAGUUGCUCUUCAUGAAAGAAUUGGAGCAGAUUGUUAAAAUGUAUGAAGCAUACAGACAAGCCCUUCUUACAGAGUUGGAAAACCGAAAGCAGAGACAGCAGUGGUAUGCCCAACAACAUGGAAAAAAUUUUUGAACUGAUUUUUUAAAAAUAAAAUUUAAGUUUUAUAAGAGCUUUAAAAUAUUUUCACAGAUAAAAAAUUGCAAACAAGUACUCUGGUUAAUAAAUGCUGCUUCCUUUGUGGAAAUUAUAAAAUUCUAACUUUACAUGUAUUUUGUUAUUAGAAAUUUUCUUUUAUUGAACAAGAAAAAUUAGUCUAUCAUUUUAAGAGGCAGUAUGGCAACCACUUUCAAAUACUGUAUAUUAGGAAACUGUUUUGGUAUUCUUGAUGGAAAAAAAUGCAGCGGAAAUGUCAUUAUGAACAGAUGUUAAAUAGGAAAUUAUUACUUGUUAACUUCUUACAGCAGUAGUACCUUCUUUAAAAAGAAAAAAGAAUCUGCGGUAUUUUUAAAAAAAAAUGUUUACUGCUGUAGUGUGAAAUGUUGUCUGGAAAGGGAUGGUUUAAAUAUUACCAUGAUGUAGUUGAAAUAUAAAAUAGGAUUUGGAACCUUAUUGUGAUAAAUAUUUAUAUAUGAUGUAUGUUUGUCUCACCUCUCCAAAGUAAGGAUCCCAGCUGGGCGUGGUGGCUCACUCCUGUAAUCCCAGCAUUUUGGGAGGCCGAGGUGGGUGGAUUGCUUGAGUUCACGAGUUUAAGACCAGCCUGGGCAACAUGGUGAAGCCCCAUCUCUACAAAAAAUACAAAAAAAUUAGCCGGGUAUGAUGGUGUGUGCCUCUAGUCCCAGCUACUUGGGAGGCUGAGGUCAGAGGAUGGCUUGAGCCCGAGAGGCAGAGGUUGCAGGGUCAAGGUCGCACCACUUGCACUGCAGCCUGAAAGAGAGAGCCAGACCUUGUCUCAAAAAAUAAAAAAUAAAAAAAUAAAAACAAAGUAAGGAAUCCUUUUAAAGCAUGUUGAGAAAGUAUUUUUUGGUAUGAAUGGGUGACGGGCCUUUUAAUCUUUCAGGAAUACAUGUAAGCAUAAGUACUUAGCCUGUAUUGGGAAGGUGCGUGAAACUCAAAGUUGCUAACAUCAUCUUCCUUAUUGUCAGCCAGUGCUGUUACUGCAUUUAGCAUGGCUCUGAUGAGACAGUGGAGAGUUCCUGACAGCAUAGCAUACUGCCUUCUGACAGACUGGGUUAAGCUACCAAAAAUGACAAUCAGGGAUUCAAAAAAAAUUUUUGAUCAUUAAAUCGAUUGUAUAUUAUUACUUUUUAAUCUUCUAAGUAUUUAUCACAGGACUUUAACACCAUACAUUUCCCUCCCAGUUUUUCUCCCCUUUUGGUUUAAUAGUUAAAACAUUUUUCAUAAUUAGUGCUGUACAUUUGAUUGCAAACAAAUUGGUGAUACUUCUAAACUAUAACUAUAAAUCUCUAGAAUUCUGUGAAUUUCAUCAUUAUUUGAAGUAGUUCUUCAGUUAUAUUUACAUGUGUUGUAAAUAUGUAAAUAUACUUUUAGCUUAGGAAGUCUUCCAAAAUACAAACUACUCCCAGUUAGAUAUCAGUGAGUUUGAAUAACUGAAGAAAUGUUGACAAUGUUAAGUGUUUGAUUUUAUAUAACAAGCUUAUUAAAUAUAUUUUUGUGGAAA